AGAGGCCGCCGUGGCCGCUUUUCUCCCUCCAGCCCUGGAUCCCCCGCUGCAAAGCGCAUUCCCGGCGGGACCGGCCGCCCGCCUGCACAAGAGGAUGGGCGAGGCGGUGGCCCGGGUGGCCAGGAAGGUGAACGACACGGUGGAGAACAAAGCGGAUUCCCUGGAUCUGGCCAACUGCAAGCUGAUGAACUUCCCCGUGGGGAUCUACAAGGCCGUGAGGAGCGUCACCGAGGGGAUCCAUCGCAUCUCCCUGGCCAACAACGAGCUCAAGUCCAUCACCAGCCGGUUUGUCACCACCUUCAGCCAGCUGACAGAGCUCAAUCUGGCAGGUAACUACCUGCACCGCCUGCCUGAGGAAAUCACCUCCCUGCUGCACCUCCGGGCCAUCGACCUCUCCCGAAACAGAUUCCGGCGUUUCCCGGAGCCCCUGGCCACUGUCCCCACCCUGGAGACCAUCGACCUGGAGGAGAAUGAGAUCGCAGAGGUGCCCACGGACAAAUUGGCCUCCAUGGCAUCGCUGCGGAGCCUCAACCUGCGGGCCAACCCCGUGGGCCCCGAGGCGCGGCUGCUGGUGCGGCCCCUGGUUCCCUUCGAGCUGCUGCUGUCUCCAGAGGAGCCCGUCCCUAAAGCCUGAUGGGGUGCUCGAGGGGUGGUGCCCACCAGAGUGGUUUGGCUUAGGUCAGUCCCUGCUGUGUCCCUGUUUCCGUCCCAAACCCGCAGCCAGCGCRUCCUGAAGUGCCUCGCUUUUCCUGAAUUAAAACAAGCAGCAGGGCUCCUCCAUGAAGGGAUGGCUCUGCCAAAUCCCAAGCCAGGGAAUCUCCCGCUUUGGGAAUGCAGAGGAGCUCAAUGCAUGUGGUGGGAGGUUUGGGUAAAUUUGGGGGGAGUCGGAUGUUCAGCUCCAUCCCUCCCAGCUGGGCGGGGAUGAGGAGCAGCCAGGAUGGUGGAGGACAUCCCUGCAGCUGUGAGAGUUCUCCCUGGAAUCGCUGACACCGUGGUGUGCCAAGUACCUGAUUAAAUGCUUUCCUGUUACAUCGGGGGAGUUGUAUCUGAUUAAAUUCAAAUUAUCAGUCUCGUCCUUAAAGAAGCCCCUUCACACAUCCCCUCAGCUGCUCRCUCUGCAGCUGGAUUCCACCCAGAUGUGAGCAGUAUUUCCCUGGAAAAAAAAUCUUUGUUUUCCAAGGAAUUCUUUUUUCCCUUCUAUUUUUCCACCAUGG